GACUCAUUGUCAGAUAUAUAAGCAGAGAGGGGCAGCAGCACAUCAGUUACCAACGUUGGUGAAACCCUCGACUGUCGGCUUCAGAGUAGCUUUUCAACGCCUACAAGAAAGCAAGAUGAAGUUGGCCGUGGUAUUCCUGGUGCUGUCCAUGGUUGUGCUAAUGGCUGAACCUGGAGAAGCAUUUUUCAGACAUUUUGUGCGACGUAUUGUGGGACAUUGUACUAUCUGGGGAAAGAAGAAGGAAGCGGAACAAGCUGACCAGCAGAAACUGGACCAGCAAAAAGUGGACCAGCAGAAACUGGACCAGCAGAAACUGGACCAGCAAGAACUGGACCAGCAGAAACUGGACCAGCAAGAACUGGACCAGCAAGAACUGGACCAGCAGGAACUGGACCAGCAAGAACUGGACCAGCAGCAGAUGGACCAGCAGCAGAUGGACCAGCAGCAAAUGGACCAGCAGCAGAUGGACCAGCAGGACAAAGACCAGCUGCAAAUUCAAAAACGUUCAUUUCAGCAACACAAGGCUUUGCAGCGUCAUUAGGCAACGACCCAAAUAUAAUUUGGGUCAAAUUGCCCGACCUGUUUACAAAAUAAACAUGCAUUUUGCUUUUCCUGAAGGAUUUUUGCUGAAUUGAUUUUGAUAUAGUCAAUUGAUAAAUAAAAAAUGGCUUGGCAGCAGAAUAAA